AUGGCUUGUCCUGCCAGUAAUCUCGAGGAUAUCUCCUCAAUGGAUUUGGAGGAAAUUCCGGCGGCCAAAGACAAGACAUCUGAGACGCUCGAUAAGAAAUCACUUAGCCUAAGUCUCAAAGAAAUCUAUGAAGAAUUUUGUUCGAAUACUUCCAUACAUGGCUUCCAGUAUUUUGGUCAAAGACGUCAGAGAAAAGAGGUUGGAUUCUGGAUUAUUGUCUUCAUUAUAACCAUCUACUUGUGCACUUCGAUUAUUGUGAAAAUCUAUAUGAAAUGGUGUGAAACGCCGGUAAUUGUGAGCUUUUCGGAAAAAUCAACACCCAUUUGGAGUAUUCCAUUUCCGGCCAUAACCAUUUGUCCGGAGACGAAGAGGGCACUGAAGGAGAAGGACAAGGAUUAUGGCCAUUUGCUGGCUAGUCUCCAAAGCUAUGCAGCCGCAGGACAAACCUUAAGCUCCAACUUCUCCCUGAAAGAGCUACAUGAAACCUUGACCCUAAUGCAUAUAUGUCGCUCCGAAAUUGAUCAAUUUUAUGAAAUACCCAAACUCAAUCUCGAACCCUUUGAUUAUUUCGAAACCAUGGAUGGGAUGUUACCUCCCAUGGCAAGCUAUUUGGUUUUGUGCAAAUGGUUUGGCAAAUUCGAAAAUUGCCAAAAUUUGUUUAGCAAAGUUUAUACAGAUGGCGGUAUUUGCUAUACAUUUAAUAGCUUGAAGGCUCAGGACUUAUUUCGAUCCGAGGUGGUGCAACAUCAAAUUUCCGAAAAAGAACGGAAUGAUUCCAGAAUAUUAAAUUGGUCCCUGGAGGAGGGCUAUGCCUCAGAUGUGGAUUUGUUGACCUAUCCAGCGCGAGUUUUAAGUUCCGGCUCCGAUGCUGGAUUUCAAAUAUAUCUACAAAGUUUUCCCCAGGAGUUGGAUUACACCUGCAACGGAGCGGUCCAGGGCUUUAAAAUUUUGCUACACUCCCCUGAUGCCACACCCUCGGUGGCCAAGCAUUUUGUGCGCAUCUCCGGGGAUAAAGAAAUCCUUAUUGCCGUGAAACCCAAAAUGAUAAUAACUUCCAAGGAUAUCUCCGCCUAUGACCCGGAUAGAAGGAGGUGCUUUUUGAACAAGGAAAGACAAUUGCGAUUCUAUAAAGUCUAUAGCCAGGAUAACUGUGAAAGGGAGUGCCUAAGUAAUUUCACUUACUCCCAAUGUGGUUGUGUGCGUUUCUCUAUGCCACGUUUCCCGGAAAUGGAGAUAUGCGGAGAGGAUAAAAUCAAGUGUUAUCGCAAGGCCAAGGAACAAUUGAGGCUGCAACAAUUUUCCGAGGGCCUUAAGAAAGCCAAUGGUCCUUCUAUGGCUGAUUGUAAUUGUAUGCCGGCUUGUACCUCUCUGGACUAUGAUACGGAAAUAUCGGAGGGAAUUUUUGAUGUUGAAAGUACCCAAAGGGCGUUCAAUGUCACCAAUUUGUUUACGGGCAAGGUAUCGCUGGUGGAAAUCUAUUUUAAAGAAAAUCAAUUUAUUACUUCGAGACGCUCGGAGCUGUAUGGGGUCUCUGAUUUAUUGGCAAAUUUUGGUGGUGUAUUUGGUCUAUUUAUGGGUAUAUCUAUACUAAGUGUUGUGGAGUUGUUUUAUCAUUGCACCUUGCGUUUGUGGUCCAACAUGACCCUGUCGAGUAGGGUGAAUUAG